AUGGAUCCGGAGAAAGCUCGAACUCAUGGGCCAAUUCAGUCCAACUUAUUUCGAUACAGUUUUCGUGAUACGAUCUUAUAUGCUCUAGCAGUUGGAGCAAGUGUGGAAGACCAAUUACAAUACUUGUUCGAAAAUCAUGAUGAAUUUGCAGCACUGCCUACAUAUGUUAUUGGUCCAGCAUUGCAAGCAACCAUGGCUGAAAUCGGAGAAUGGCCAGGCGUAACGUUCGACUUAACAAAAAUAUUGCACGGAGAGCAAUACUUGGAGCUGUUUAGUCGGGUACCAACGGAAGGUGAACUACGAUCACUUGUAAGCAUUCCGGCAGUGCUUGAUAAAGGCAAAGGAGCAGUAAUUCUUGUAGAAGUAACAACAUAUGAUGAACGGACAAACAGUAAAAUUGCAAAGCAACAAAUCAGUCUGUUUCAACUUGGGUCAGGUGGAUUUGGUGGUUCAAAAACGUCAGAACACGAAAUACCAUGCCAACCUAUUCCACAACGUGACCCUGAUCAUGUUAUCGAACAGGCAACUGAUGUGUCUCAGGCGGCGUUCUAUCGACUGGUUGGUUGUGAUCCAAAUCCACUGCAUAUCGACCCGCAAUUUUCUGCUCUGUUAGGUUUUCAGAAGCCUAUUUUACAAGGGCUUUGUACUCUCGGCUUCUGUACCAGGCAUGUCUUAAAGGCAUUUGCUGGCGGCAGUGACGAAUAUUUCAAACGUGUCAAGACUCGCUUUGCGAGCCCUGUAAUACCGGGACAAACACUGCGAACGGAAAUGUGGAAGGAAGGACCAAGGAUACAUUUUCAAGCAAAGAUAAAAGAAACAGAGAAGAUAGUGAUAGCGAACGCGUUCAUUGAUCUGCACGAAGUGCCAGAAAGUGUAAUUAGCAAGGUAAGUAAGUAA